CCGUUAACUAAAUGUCUCGGUCUUGUCUUCCCCUCCGGUGUCUGAGUGUUUUAUCACCGAGCCACAGUCACUUCGUUGUUACUCACUAUUGUAUUUUAUCUUAGUUACCCUAAUCAUCAGGGAAACAGUUUGUGUUGUAGGCCGCUGUUUAAAGGAGAAAGAUUCAGUUUCGUCUCAGCUGGAGUUAAAGUUAGCUUCUGAAGUAGGAUAAAGGUUUCUGUACAGAAGUCACGAUGGCUCCUGAAUUAAAGGCUCGGCAUGUCCGUCAACAUGGACUCUGAUAAUGACGUGCUGAUGAAGGAAAGCAUCAAGAUGAUGACUGAUAUGAUCGUGCUGUGUGCCACUCUGGCACUGUCCCUCUUCUUCUGGGUCGUCUCCCUCACCAUCAGCACCUACUACGGAACACUGCAGCCUGUGUCACCGUGGCGAUGGCUGUUCUCCAUCUUGGUUCCUCUUGUGCUGACGCUCCGGGCUCUGAAGAGAAGCAGUCUGACCCACUCAGGAGCUCUGGGAGCCCUGCUGGUGGGAUUUGUGUUGACGAUGGCCAACUACAGCUUCUUCUCCGCCCUGCUGGCCUUCUUCAUCACCUCCUCCAAACUGACCCGCUGGGGAGGAGCACAGAAGAAGAAAAUAGACGCCGAGUACAAAGAAGGGGGGCAGAGGAACUGGGUCCAGGUCUUCUGUAAUGGAGGAGUUCCCACAGAGCUGGCACUGCUUUAUAUGAUUGAGGUGGGUCCAGGUGAGAUCCCCAUUGACUUCAGCAAACAGUACUCGGCCUCCUGGAUGUGCCUGUCUCUACUGGGCGCGCUCGCAUGCAGCACCGGGGACACCUGGGCGUCAGAGGUGGGGCCCGUCCUCAGCCAAUCACAGCCGAGACUCAUCACCACCUGGAAGGAAGUUCCUGCAGGAACAAACGGAGGGGUCACGACUGUCGGACUUGUCGCCAGCUUCCUCGGUGGGUUCACGGUGGGCGCAGCGUACUAUGCAACACAGCUUCUAGUGGUCAGCGACUUGCACCUGGCGGACCCUCAGUGGCCCAUCAUGAUGUAUGGCGGUGUGGCUGGCCUGCUGGGGUCGAUGCUGGACUCUUUCCUGGGAGCUCACAUGCAGUACUCAGGCUUUGACUCGAGCAUCAGGAAGGUGGUGAGUUACGAAUCUGCCACCACUCGGCGGAUCUGUGGGAAACCCAUCUUAGACAACAACGCCGUCAACCUUUUCUCCUCCGUCCUCAUCGCACUCAUCCUGCCCGGGCUGGCGUGGGGGAUGUGGCCACGAUAGACUGACAGACGGAUAAACAACACGGAGCCAGACGACCGAUCACAGACAGAAUUAUUAAAGACAUUUGAGUAAUGUGUUGGUCACACUAAAGGUUAAAACAACAACACUCUCCUCCUGUAUUAAUACGGGACAUUAUGUUGGACAUGCUGAGAGGCUCUGAUGAAGAGGAAAAUAAAUAGAGUGAUGAAAACUUUGUGUAGUGUUUCAUACAUUAACUCAACGAUGUCCUACAGAUGACUGCACAUAUACAUCCCAAUAAAACAGAUACUACUGAUGGACAGGCAAGAAGUGGGACUGCUUACUCAUAAUAUAAACUGAAAGCCAAAAAAGUAUUUCAAAUAAAAUCCUGACAUGACUCUUCAAAUGUCUGUGUUUUAAUCGUCUUCUCUAAUUAGCAAAUUUCACUUUGCUUUGCCUCUUACGUUAAAAUAUCAGAAUAGGCAAAAGAGUGAUGUAAACAAUGGAGAUCACCUCUGCUGGCCAUUUAGGACCUGAUCUGUGAUUGAAAAUGUUCAUUAAACUCAACAUGUUAAUGAUA